AUGCUUGCAGAUUCCAAUGGUAGCCCAUAUGCCGGCGGAGAUACACCUAAACUCCGAACUGCGUGUGAAAACUGCAGGCAAUCCAAGGUGAAAUGCAACUUGUCUGGCAAGAGUGUUUGUACUCGGUGCCUGCGUCACGGCCUACAGUGCCAAUACGGAUUUGCAAAUCGAUCUGGUAAACCAAAGGGUAGCAAGAACAGAGCAACCCUUCGCAAACUAGGCCAGUUGCAAGAAGAAAAACCCGCGAUGCGUGGCUUUCGCGGGAGUCGGCUUGUUGCCCCUGUGGCUGACAUGGAACCGCUAGUGGGGAAUAGCUACAGCAAUCAUAUUCCUGACCCGGCAAUUGACAACGAUGUCUGCUUGAUAUCAAAUCAGCCGGGCUUCUGGGAAAGUCCCCGGAGUUUCGGCAACACAACAACCCUAGAAUCAUCCGUCUGUCCAGGGCAGUUGACGACGGUUGAGAGCUCUCCAUUCACAGACCUCGUGGAUCCAUGUCCUGCCCUCCCAGCUGGUCUGGGAUAUCCACAUACGCCUGUGACGCCGACAUUUCUAUCCGGGGAACUGGCCGACGGAAUGGGCAGUCCAUCUCUAGCUGGCUCGGUGGCUUCGCCGUAUCCGAUCUCGCCAUGCGAGUGUGUGGAUAUGCAGCUAUUCCACAUGAACCGGCUGAACCACUUACUUGCUGGAUCAAUGCCCCUGCGGCUCGAUCACAGCCUGCAGACAAUUAAAUGCACCUUUUGCGCCUGUCAGAUGUUCCUGCAGUGUACCAAGUGUCCCAAAGAUAGCACAAACCUGCUGCUGACUAUAUCGGUACUGAAUCUCACCCUCCAGCUCUUUGAGUACUGGGUUUCGCGGGAGACGUCUCGGGCUCCGCGCCCAGAACAUGGGGUCGAUAUCCGCUAUGGGUACUAUGAGAUCUGCCACGAGGAAAAUAGGCAGAUACGCAAUUUUCUACUCCGAGGCCUGUUGUUACAGUGCCGGGAUGUGUUGCUGGCUCUGAAAGGUACCGCUAGUGCUGUCGAUGUUCAAAUUCCCAAGUUGGGAGAUCAGGAAGGUUCGUCAGAACCGAAAUUAUCAGAGCACGUCAGUCAGAACUGGACUACAGACCAUCUCGGCUUACUUUCUGACUUGGAUAUCGGUACUCUAAGCGGCACGCCCAGAACUGAAGGCCUACUUCCUAUCAUCGCAGGUUAUGAAGCUACUGUUUCGGCAUUCUUACAGUCAACUUCGUGGGGCGAUUGUAUCUGUGGAUCUGGAGUGAUGCAUGACGAUUCUCUUUGA